UGCAUUUUCAGUGAAAUUAAACAAAGAUACUCCCAUUUAAAGUUUAAACAAAGCCAUGUUAAAAGCAAACACAUUGACUCGACAUACAAUAUAUCAUACUGUCCUGCAUGUUAAUAUUAAUGAAUGUUUGUUGAUACAUCUUGUUCACCAGAUGCUCCAAAGCUUCCUUCUGUGUCAGUGAGUCCCUCUGGUCAGAUAGUGGAGGGCAGUUCAGUGACUCUGACCUGUAGCAGUGAUGCUAACCCAACAGCUAAUUACGCCUGGUACAAGGAAAACCAAACACUGUUUCAUGGACCAGAAGGAAGUUAUAAUUUCAUCUCCAUCAGCUCUGAGGACAGAGGGAUCUACUACUGCAAGUCUGAGAAUCAAUAUGGAUGGAUCAACUCUUCAUCUCUCUUCAUAGAUGUCCUGUAUGCUCCAAAGCUUCCUUCUGUGUCAGUGAGUCCCUCUGGUCAGAUAGUGGAGGGCAGUUCAGUGACUCUGACCUGUAGCAGUGAUGCUAACCCAACAGCUAAUUACGCCUGGUACAAGGAAAACCAAACACUGUUUCAUGGACCAGAAGGAAGUUAUAAUUUCAUCUCCAUCAGCUCUGAGGACAGAGGGAUCUACUACUGCAAGUCUGAGAAUCAAUAUGGAUGGAUCAACUCUUCAUCUCUCUUCAUAGAUGUCCUGUGUAAGUAGUAAAGUGUAAAUCAAACACUUUAAGUCAACAUGGUAGUUUUUGUGGUAAUAAUCUAUGAGGCUCCCAAUCCAAAAUGUGAGCUCUGACUGAGCUACAUCACAAGGAAAUAUAUGCCCUUUAAUAGCUUACUUACUUAGACUUUUUAA